AUCCCAGAAAAUGGCCAAGAUGGGUAACAAUGGAGGUAACCGCAAGAACAAGAGCCGGCAAAUAAAGAAGAGCCUGUUUGCACAAUCUGGACAGAAAGGUGGUUUCAACAGCAUGCAGGUGGAGCCUGGAAUGCAAGGCAUCAUGGCUUUCUGCAGCAUGAACAAGGAAAAGCAAGCAGUUGCGGAACUGAGAAACAUUCUUGGCGAGUUUGCAGAGCAGCUCUACGGCCGAGAACAUACCAGUGAUGAGAGCACUAUAAAUGACUCUAUCGCUGACGAGGAAAGCCAAGAUGUAGCUGACAUGCUGGACCAGGAACUGAAGCAACUAAAAAGCGAGAGGGAGGGCAAAGAAGAACAAUUUCGUUGGCGCAAAACGAAUAUCGACUGUAUGGUAUUUCUGCAGACCCAUCAUCCCAUCGAUCCCUCAGACUUCGUUUAUCGGGUUCUCACCGAUUUGCAAAACAAGAAGAUCAAGCGGACAAGAUACACUAUCAGGGUGCAUCCCGUUCAAGAAACUUGUCGUGCCUACAUGGAUGACAUCAAGCAAUUGGCCCAACGGUUGUUGUCGCCAUAUUUUCAUAAAGAGGGACUGUCACCCGUCCGAUGGGCAUGUGAGCCGAGAAUCCGAUGGAAUGACAAAAUAAAGAAAGAUGAAUUGAUUAUUGAGAUUGCAAAUGUGGUUGGUCAGAAUCAUGUGGUCAACCUUAAACAACCGGAGUUGACGGUGGUCAUCGAUAUCUUUAAGAAUAUAUGCGCAAUGGCCGUUGUGCGCGAUUACCCUGGGCUCAAAAAGUAUAACCUCGAGAAAAUCUUCGAAGCCGAGCAAGAAACUAUCAAAGCACAACAGGGUGACGAUGCUCCUAAAUCACAGGAGCACGACGGGAAAUCAGUGGAUGACCCCGUGCAGGAAAUUGAUAACUCAGACAAGGCAGGGAAACGGAAAGUGGAUGCCGUUGACGCUAAAAGAGAGACCGAAAGUUCUGCACCAAUCAAGAAAACCAAAGUAUAGAGCUGUGGGGAUUGUCAGCACCGUGCUCACGGCUCGACUAUCGCGCUAAUCCGCUAGAUCCAAGCGCACUUAUUUAGUGUCGCCUUAACGUCGAAUGUUAGGCGAGGCAACGGCCAAUUGACCGCCAGCACUAAGUCUAUAGUGACGAUAGGUGGUUUACUUUCCAUGGCUUCUGUAACAUGUCUCGCUGUAACAUCAUCUGCAAGUCACCGGCCGAUAUAUUUAAGUUUUUUAUUGAAUAAAUUAUAUAGCUUGUAGCAACCGAGUGCAGAUCUUGAAGAUCUAUAUAAUUUCAAUGAGGCAGAGCGCACUAUUCUCUUCAAUGCUGUGGAGCAAAUGCUCUGAAGGUGAA